CUAAUUCUGUAUUUCCGAUCAUCGUGGGCGAGCUAAUGUAGGGAGGCUUUGCAUUCGUGCUCGUACUCGUGCUGUCUUGGUCAUAAAUAUCUGUAGAAACAGAAUUGAGAUUUACCUUGUUUCCACCUCCGACCGUUAUUGAUAAAGCAUGUUUCACGAUUUGGUCCAAAAGUGCGUUCCAAGCCAUCAGGCUACGACAAUCACCCGGCUCCAGAUUGAAAAUUUCUUUGCGAUAAAUGAGUUUGGCGCAAUCUGCGAGAGGUACCAAUUUCCAAUCCGAGCUGGGAUAGUCAAGGAGAUUUCCCAACACCAAGAGCAGCUGCGUUGCUUGUGACCAAGCCACUUGGAUUUCUUGUGCGGGCACAUCUCCUUUUGGUCGAAAAGCGAGUCGAAGUUGAUUUAUCAAAGGAUAGUGUAGUCCUCGUACUUGAUCUACUUGUAAGUCGAACAAGACUCGAGGUAGCGAUACACAUGUAAGUCUAUCGACCUCAUUUUGGACUUCCGAAAGCGUUUUUGUAAGGAUCUGCCGACGGUUAUCAAAUGCUUGCGAUUGCAACUCAAGGGAAUUUUGUUCCAAUUGAAUUGCCUCUUCAAAUAAAUCAAGUUCACGAGUGAUGGUUGUCUGCUCCUUAUGAAUAUUUUUGUAAUGGAGUAGUUCGUCGCAUCGAGUUUGAGCCUCUUGUUCCAGCAUGGAAAUUUCAUGUCGAUAGGCUUCUUCAAUAGCUAUGUUAUUUUUCCCGUGCGCCUGAUCUUCAGUUGGAUCCUCUCCCAUAGUUGCCUUGGCGAUGCCAGCGCCAACAACACCUUCUGUCGUUUUCUGUAACGAUUUAGUCUUAUUCUUUGCAACGUGAACGGCUUUCUGAUAGACCUCAAUUUCAGCAUACAUACGUUGCGUGUCAGCUUCCAGUGCUGCCUCAACACGAUCGAUACACUCAACGCACAGUUCGACCAUCGCAUCGCAUUUGCCAUGGUUUUCAUUUUUGUGAUGAUCAAUGUCAUCCGAAUUGGCAUUAUAUGCAACUUCUAAUAGUUUCAAUAGGUGUUGGUGUCGCUCUAAGAAACCGUGUUGCGAAAGCUGUUGAUGGUGACGUUCUUUGUAAUCUUUGGAGGUUCGGAUGUUCCGGCGUGUCAUGAGAUUCACGAAGAAUGAUUCGAGCCAAACUGGGCUCUUUUUCGCGCCUUCAAAAUGUAUAGCUCCUAAUUCUUCAUUGUUUUCGCCGAUUCCACUGCCACUGCUAUUGGCGGUUUUCAAUUUUUCGUCCAUCGCCACCGUCGUCAUCAUGUCAGACGAAGACAUUCCACCACAGGUGCAAAUGCCACUUUUUGUACCAUCAUCUUUCAUACGAAUAUUGAUUUUGUCAAGAUCAUCGCCCUUGGUCUGCAUAGUCGAAAUAUUGUCGUGUGUGUAACAGUGUUGGUCCUCUAUUGGUUCCAUUUGUUGUCUUUUUUAUGUGAUUGAUGCGGCGGUUGGCCCAGGGCCUUAUUCCAUUUUCUUUUGGAGAACGAGAUGCGAAGGAUGCUAUCUAGUACAGAACGUGGUCGAUAGACCUGAACUGAAAACAAAUACAAUAGAAUACCGGUAGAUUAGGAAUACUGUAAUAAUCGUAUUUUGGCCCAACCCCAACCCCGACCCCAAUUCCUACUGGUAGAAAAAGUUACGGUAUCAAUACAGUAUCAAAAAAUCAUUUCAUUUUCGUCUCAUUGAACGAGUACGUACGUACGUACCGUACGGUAUCGUGUGAACGUACAGUAUUACAGUGCUGUAUUUCGUAUUUCCUCCUAUUUUCCUUUCUGCACUGUAUUUUAAAGAGCUUCACUUGCCAUGAAUUUCGUAAUACUUUCAAGAGAAACAAGGCAGUAAAUGAUUCUGCAUUCAACGAUCUCUGAGAACAGUUGAAGCGUCACUGUGGUACUGUAUAAGUACGAGGGAAUCCUAUGGCAAGAAAGUUAUUCGCACCACUAGUAUCAAUAUCACCACCUGUACUCUUAUGCAGGUCUGGAAUUUCAUUGGGAACAUCCAACAAUAUUGCUCCUUCAUCUAAAUCUACGACACGCUUACUGUUGAACAUACCAAAGUUAUCACACCUGUCACUGACCACUACCGCUAGGACGACGACGCAAAGCAGAAGAGUCUUGCCUAGAACAAAUCACUUCUACACUGCGAAGAAAUGGUUUGGAAAUAUUCAUUCAAUCAGUGGAGAACCGAUAAUUAAGUCCACUGACUACAAAUCCAGCAGAGUGGAACAGGCAUUUGAUGACGGAUCGUUGGAAACGACAAGGGCCCCUAGCUUGAAAACAAAUUCGAUACCAAUGAUUCGAAAGGCGGGGAGUCAAAGAUUACGGAACAAAGACUGCUUUGCAGCGUCAGCAAGUCAGCAAUUGGGCGAGAUGUCUCCCAACAUAAAGACCAAAGAUGAAAAUAGAUAUUCUGUCGUAAUAGACAACGGUUUUAUGAAAAUAUCUAUGAUACCUACUUUGACUCUGUCUGAUGGGAAGACGAAAAGGAUGGAUGGGGAUUUUUGCAAUAAUUGUGAUUCUCCUAAUAAUUUUGAGAAAGUAAUGCAGUCUCCUUCAAAUAGAGAUGAAAAUGAAUUCAAGAAGCAAAAGAUUGAAAUACCAGAGACAGUAUUGCAAUAUCAACGGCAACUAAGAAAAACUCAAGCAGCGAAACGAGCAUCUACACCACUACUUAAGUCUCAACUGCAAGUCGUAUAUAACGACAAACACAUUGUUGUUGUAAACAAACCGUCAGGAGUGCUUACUGUUCCAGGAAUCAAUUCAAAUCCAAGUAUGUUGACACUACUUCACAAGAAAUACGAGCACGAAAUGGAUCCACAAAUGAAACCAGAACACAUGAUUGUCCAUCGACUGGAUAUGGAUACAUCGGGGAUCGUAAUGUAUGCAAAAACGAAAAAAGCGUUGUUGAGCUUACAAGCCUUAUUUCGUGAACGAGAUGGAGUAAUGAAAUAUUAUGAAGCUGUGGUAUGUGGGCAUUUAAAUCCAGAUGUAGAGAGGGGGAGCAUUGAUCUUCCUCUACAACGAGACCAUCGGUUUCCACCAUUUAUGCGUGUUGCAACGCCGAAGAGUGAACAUGAGGCCCAACAGGUUGUUAAGGAUCUAAAAAACGCUGGUUGGAAGAAAAUUGUGAAGAAAAAGCCAAAACCCAGUAAAACAUUAUUCGAGGUCAUCGAAAGAGAGUACGUAUAUUGUGAUGGAUAUGCAGAAGUUGAUGAAAACCUGUGUGGGGCAAAAGAAAAGCAACGAGAAGUAAAGCGUUACCCAGUGACGAGACUAAAACUCACUCCAAUAACAGGGAGAACACACCAACUUCGCGUUCACUGUGCAUCGAUUGGGCACCCAAUACUUGGCGAUCCAGCCUACGGAAUCUACGGCGAAGCUUCAGCUAAUGGAGGAUUUGAGGAGGAUUUGAUGGAUGAAUUAAUACGGGAUAGGGCAUCGAUUAACUUGCAGUUAUCUCUCAACGAAUACGCGAAGGUCAAAGGCCAAGUAAUGUGUUUACAUGCACGUGAAUUGCAUGUGAAACACCCAGAAACGAGAGAAUCGCUUGUCUUCAAACACCCACCUACAUUUUGAACUUCCUCAGAAAGCGUAUCAAAUAGACUACGGUUCAAGACAGUAACACUCUUAGAUUAUUCCUUUAGCGGACUUCAUUGGCUGGCCCACAAACCCAAAAGAAAAAAGAAGCUUAGCACAGAUCGCGCGAACUCUCAAUCCUCAGUGGCCGGCUGUAUAUAACGUUGAGCCUUGUUCAGAUAUGUUCUUGAACGUGCCGUGUAGAUGCUAUUACUACUACUACUACUGAAAUCCUUUCUCUCGAUUUGAAGGUCCAAGGGGCUCCAUUUUGCUUCUAUAAAGAUAAACCGUCGUAUUCUUUAUACUGACUCUUCGUUGUUCUCAAAGAUAAAUCAUCGAGUCCAUUAAGUCGUUGCUCUUCGUUAUGCCUACACAGCUCCAUGGAGCAUCAUAUUGUUUGCAACUCGUAAAAAUCCAGCAAUAUUCGAUCCAGCAUACAAGUCUCGAUGGGAAUUAAACUCAGCUGCCGUCAUUUUGACCUCAUUAUAGAUACGAUCAACUUCUCUUUUUAGAUCACCAUCAGUAGCGUCUUUACCAAGGCCAUAAAUAAUUGCAGGUCCAGUCAUAGUCAUUGUGUGGGGUCCGUAGAGAAUACCGCGUUUCUUCAAGACUUUUCGCGCCGAAGAUGUAACGCAAGAGUGGCCUCCCUCGAUAACGAACUUGCACCCAUUAUCGGCAAGGGCUUUCACUUCAGCAUCAUCGAUUUCUUUCAUGGCACCGCAAGGGAUACAGAUAUCGCAAGGAAUAUCAAACAAAUUUUCUGGGUAGUUGAAUUCUGCAGUUGUCGAACUAAUUAUGUAUCGACCUAAUAAGGCGCCACGCUCUUCCUUAAUUUUAUUGAGCAUGGCCAAUUUUCCUUCGGGAAUACCGUCUGGUUCGUAGACAUGCCCGCUUGCAUCGCUCAUUGUGAUAGGAAUAGCACCAUAUUCGAGCAGCUUUUUGGCAACUGACCUUGCAGUACGGCCCGACCCUGUAAUCAUGACUCGUUUUCCUUCCAAGGAAUCACCCCGAUCUUGGAGCAUGCGAUUGGCAAAAUGAGCGAUGGUGAAACCAGGCGCCUAAUAUUGCAAUCAGCGGGAGUUCACACCAGUGGAAAGAGAAUCAAAAUUGUUUCUGUAUGAGAAGAGUAGAUGUUGAUUGAAACCGGUUUCUCAGUUACACAGAUUAACACCACUUACCUGCAACAUAUUUGAAUUGGUCAUGAAAUUUCCAGUGGGCUUAAUCCGUUUGUACUGUCCAUAUAUGUAUCCCAUUUCCUCUUUUCCGCAUCCCAUUCCAACGAAAGGAAUAUCUUGAUCGGGGCCAAUGUAUUUUGCCAAUUCGGUAGCAUAUGAUUGGCAAAACCUGUGGAGUUCCGACUCUGACUUGUCAAGUGGAUCGAAGUCGCUGCCCCCUACAGCUGCUCCCAAAGGAAAGCCUGUAACUGCAUUAGAAAAAACAGUAUCAAAUGCUAACGAAUGCGCUACAUUAUGGGUGAGGUUGGAUCCUAAGUGCAGGCUUCCAGCAUAGGGACCCAAGGCCGAGGAAUAUUGCAUGCGAAACCCUCGAUUCAGUCGGUUUACGCCGUCGUCGUCGAUCCAGGCUACACGAAAUUGAAUAAAACGCUCGGGUUCAAUCAAAGUUUUAGCGACAAAUGCAUGCUUCGGAUUGCGAUCAAAGACGGGCGACAGGCACUGCAUGAUGGAAGUAACGGAUUCAAUAUAGUCCUGCUCAUGCGAGUCUCGGCGUUUAGCUUCUCGGAUCAAAAGAUUGGCAGCUUCCAUUCCUGUCUUGAAUCGGACAUCACCUUGCCGACGAAAUAAGGGUUUUUGCCUCCAUGAUUUCGAUAACCGCAUCGUUUGGUGAACCCCUUCUUCGUUAGUCAAUAAAUUUUUCCCAGAUGA